GCGAAGAGUUCCUUGGCCAGGCGGCGGCGGAUGAGCCAUCGACGUAGGAAGGCAAUCACGAUGGCCAUCCAAUAACUCCAAGUGGGAUUUACUCCUUGAGGAACGUGCAUAUUACAAAAUGGGCCUUUUACCUCCAUUUUGAAAAUGGCAUUUUUCGUUUAUCCCAUGUGUCCAAUUGCUGUUGCCAGUCACGCUUGCCGCGUCCUUGCAAUGGCAUGUACGGUGGUAAAUCAAGUACUCCCUACGAAAACAUCCGUAUGCUCCCGCCGACAUCUUGUUCUUGACCUGCAAAGCCCUGGGUCGGACAACAACGACCAACUCGUGAACCACGUGAUGCACGUAGUGUACUUUCACACCAAUCAAUUCAUCCAAGACCGAGACGAAGCGCUCCGACGGGAGCUGUGGGCCCCGGCCCACUUGGCCGCGUACUACCGCGACCUCACGGUGGAAGCUCCAGCAUCCGAAAAAGCAUUUGGGCAUUUGGAGUAG